ACAUUUUGCUUCCCCUUUUCGUCUUAAAAAAGAUCCAUUUGUUGUGUUAAUAUUUACCUACCUCAUAAUAUUUUUCCAAAGCGUUAAAAAAUCGACGAGGAGAAGAGAGUAAGAGAUCCAUCCGAAAGGAAAACGGAAAAAUUAAUAUUUGUUUUAAGGUCCUGAAACCAAGCUUGUGUUGUGCAGAGGGACCGAGUGAUGAUGAUGGCGAACAACUCGCUCUAUGUUACACUGUGAACACUUGAGAACCAAGGGGGCUGGAGACAUAGUAUGGAUCAGCGUCCAGCUCCACACCACACUCCUCAGCGUGGAGGGCCACCUAAACAUGGACCUCCUCAACCACACCAGCAACCAAAACGCAAUUAUAAACUCCUUGUUGACCCCAUACUGGUUAAUGGAGCCAGUAAAUUAUAUAGAUUUGAGGGUGUUGUGGAAGGAGAUCCAACAUAUCCUCCAGUUGUAUUGCGUGACCCACGAAAACCAAAAAUAUGGAUUCGCCCAGAGACUAUGGACAUUGCUGUCCCAAGAUUUAAGAUUGACUCGGAUUAUGUAGGCCCGCCACCACCUUUAGAAGUUACAAUCUUCAAUAUUAAUGACAAUAUUGAUCGGCAGUUUCUGCAUAAUGAAAUUGUAAACAAACAUCAAUGUGGUUCCAUAGAAGAAUUAGAAAUUUUCAAUCAUGAGUUAUCACGAAAGCACUUGGGUGUUGCCAGACUUAUCUUUGAAAACCCAGAAGGUGCUCGCAUCUGUGUCAAAAAGCUCAACAAUUCCACUCUCAUGGGCAAGGUUCUCCAAGUAUUUCUUGAUCCCUUUGGAGAAGAGUGCAAAAAGCGUGUGGAGGAAGUCGGUGCUCAGUUGGAAGAAGAAGCCAAGAGAGAAGAAGAAGCUAAAGAAGCAAAGAAAAGACCCCCUCCCCCAACCAAGCCUCCACCUCCAUCCUCAGAUGAUGAGCCCCAAUCGCAAUCAGCCAGAGAGAGGGAAAGAGAAAGGGAGAGGGAAAGAGAGAGAGAGAGAGAGAAAGGGAAAGGGAAAGAGAAAGACGUUCAGUGGAGAAGUCAGAUUUUGAGCGAAACAGGUAUGUUCCUCUGCACUGGCAUGGCAUGCAAAUACACAAAUACACACACAUAUGUAUGUGUAUGUAUGCUUCUGAAACAUACUUUUGGGAUGACAAUGUUUUUUCUACAUGAUGGCUUGUAAAACUUCUUCAUACAUUUUGGUUAGUACCAUGCCUCUGCAGCAACUAAAUCCAUGUCAUCAUUCCUUUUCUCACUCACUUUCAAAAUUGUGUCCUUAAUAUAAAGAGGCUAUACGUGGUGCAUUGUCUUAACCCAUUGCCGACAGAACAUUUUCCGAUACACAAGACCCUUUCCCCAGGCAGUAUUCACAGCGGCCUGGGCCUCGCUGCCAGGGACCUGUGCCAUUACCC